AGAAAGGCACCGGCCGGCCUCCAGCUCGCACCUCCCUGCCUUCCCGGCCGGCCUCCGGCUCCCUCCUAGGAGAACUCACUCCCUCUGCUCAGUCUCCUUGACAAGUCCGUGCUUCCCUGCACCCCGCCCUGGCCACGGGGGAGCCGAGAGCCACGGAGAUGCUCUGAGAGGCAGCCAGGGGAGAGGCCGUGGAGCUGGACAGAGGGCUCGGCAGGAAGAUGGGCCCCCGAGGUUGGGGCCUCACGCUGAGCUGCGGCGUGCUGCUGAUCUUGGCCCUUGGCCCGGUCCUGGGCCGUAGGACGCCUGGCCAGCAGGAGCAGGAGCAGCAGGAGCAGGGGGUGACCAAGGAGCCGCCACAGCUGGACAGCGACGACAGGGAUGAAGAAGAGCAUGGCCGACACAGCCCCGGCAGGGGCCCGGACCCCGCCCCUUCCAGCUGCUUCCGCUGCUGUGACCCACCCACCCCCAUGUUCCAGGCCAUCCCGGCACCCCAGAUCAACAUCACGAUCCUGAAAGGUGAGAAGGGUGACCGCGGAGACAGGGGCCUCCAGGGGAAGUACGGGAAGACGGGCUCCGUGGGCGCCAGGGGCCACAUCGGGCCCAAGGGGCAGAAAGGCUCCGUGGGCGCCCCCGGGGACCGCUGCAAGAGCCACUACGCCGCCUUCUCGGUGGGCCGCAAGAAGCCGCUGCACAGCAACGACUAUUACCAGACGGUGGUCUUCGACACAGAGUUCGUGAACCUGUACGGCCACUUCAACAUGUUCACGGGCAAGUUCUACUGCUACGUGCCCGGCGUCUACUUCUUCAGCCUGAACGUGCACACCUGGAACCAGAAGGAGACGUACCUGCACAUCAUGAAGAACGACGUGGAGGCCGUGAUCCUGUACGCGCAGGUCAGCGACCGCAGCAUCAUGCAGAGCCAGAGCCUCAUGCUGGAGCUGCGGGAGCAGGACGAGGUGUGGGUGCGCCUCUUCAAGGGCGAGCGCGAGAACGCCAUCUUCAGCGACGAGUUCGACACCUACAUCACCUUCAGCGGCUACCUGGUCAAGCCGGCCGCAGAGCCCUAGCCCGCGCCGCCCCGGCUCCCCUCCUCCCUGCUGGCUCCCUCGCCUCGCCUCUGCUUCUCCAGCUGUGGCCUUUGAUGGGGAGGGGGGCCGCAGCGGCCGUGGCCUAGGGGAUCCCAGGUCCAGCGCAUCCCUGGGCGCAAUUCCGCCUAGCCAGUGCCAACGGUCUCUAAGAGCAGCAAGCAAACCUUGGCCGGGAGCACGGGGUGCCACGGGAUGUGGUACCGUCUGAGGCUGCCAGGGCCUCUGCCCCAUGAGGUGUGGGCUGGAGAGGGGGUUUAGCGGUCUCCGGCCAGGGCCGAGGUCUGCGUCGUGCCCAUGUGCCUGUGGCUGUGUGUCAGACUCAGCUGGUCUUUCUGAGCCUGGACAAGCCAGGGUACAGGUGCUGCUGCCCCGGUUGGGAUGGGGUGAUGGCCAUGCCCCGUCGUGGGCUAUGAGCCUGGCAGAGCCGCCCACGGGCUCCUGACCUCAGGGAAACCCAGUCAUCAGGAGCGAGGCUCCAGGUGGCCAGCACCACGCCUUCAGCUUGGCUGGGGCUGGGAUUCACUCCCACAUCCCAGCCCCUGGCUCGCUGGGGCUGGUGGUCCUUCUCACUGUCAUGGUCUAGAGGGGCCCAGGAGGGGCUUUCUCCAGGCCCCUGGGCAGGGGACAGCUGGAGGAAUCCAGUGUCCUGAUUUACUCCUUGCCCCGGGACCGGUGAAACUCCACACGGAGACCCAGGUGCAGGUCACCCUGGGAGGCCACAUGGGUCUGUAAGCCCCCAGUGCGGGCUUGCCUCCCGUAGCCUUGGCUCAGGCCUCCUUCCCGGGGGGUCUGGUCACCCCUCUGAAGGCCUCUGCUUGUCCCACCCCAACGCCACUGCUGCCUCUGCGCUCGCUCGGAAGCCAUUAAACCUGGGACCCUGUUUGUCUGCA